CUCUCACCAACCGGUCGCGGAAGAUGUUUCGUCAACAACUUCACGACUUCCAGGGAAGGUUUUUGUUUGUGCUGCUCAUUGUGGGAACUGUUGCGUUUCUUCUCUGUAAUAUUGUGAAUUGAAUUGAACAUUCACUCUUUAAGCAAAGAGACCAAUAAGAUGUCACUCUGUAAUUAUAUUAAUAAAUCAAUAGUCAACGAAGAAGAUGAAAUGAUUAUUGUCCUUCACAGUAAACGUGUUUGUGCAGGACUGUGAUAAUGCUGCUGUGGAAUUAUAGAAAAAUAUGAUUUAUAUUUUACCGAGCUGACAUGGAAGCACCGGACAACGUCUUUUAAUAGGUCCUGGUUGUGACAGAGUGGAGAUCCACAUGGAAUCCAUCCCACACAGGGACGCGCACGUUGUGUUGAUGCACCUCCCUCUUCUUCCUCUUCCUCCUCUUCCUCCUCUUCUUCCUCCUCCUCGUCCCGCACCCUCGCUUCUCUCCAGCUCCACGACGUCACCAGCUCACAACAUGUCCACCAAGGUUGCCGUGGUAACGGGCAGUAACAAGGGCAUUGGCCUGGCCAUCGUCCGAGCUCUGUGCGGCCAGUUCCAAGGAGACGUUUACAUCACCGCCAGAGACGAAGGUCGUGGUCGCGAGGCCGCGGCGUCUCUGGCCUCGGACGGACUGACGGCCAUGUUCCACCAGCUGGACAUCAACGACCUGAGCAGCGUCAGAGCCGCCGCCGCGUUCUUCAAGGACAAGUACGGAGGCGUGGACGUGCUCGUCAAUAACGCUGGGAUAGCGUUCAAAGGGUCGGACAACACUCCCUUCGCCGUGCAGGCGGACGUCACCCUCAAGACAAACUUCUUCGCCACCAGAGACGUGUUGACUCACUUCCUGCCCAUCGUCAAAGCGGGAGGUCGCGUGGUGAACGUGUCGAGCUUCGUCGGCGCCCAGGCGCUGAGCCGGUGCAGCCCGGCGCUGCAGCAGCGUCUCCGCAGCGAGGACGUCACGGAGGACGAGCUGGCGGCGCUGAUGCAGCAGUUCGUCGACAAGUCCAAGACGGCGGAGCACGAGCAGGCGGGCUGGCCGGAGACGGCGUACGGCGUGUCCAAGACCGGCCUGACGACGCUGUCGAUGAUCCUGGCUCGUCGUCUGUCCAAGGAGAGACCGAACGACGGGAUCUUGCUGAACGCCUGCUGCCCUGGUUGGGUGCGCACCGACAUGGCCGGGUCGAAAGCCCCCAAGUCACCAGCAGAGGGCGCCGUCACGCCGGUCUACCUGUGCCUGCUGCCGCCCGGCGCCACAAAGCCUCAUGGGAAGUUUGUCUCUGAUAAACAGGUCCAGGCCUGGUGAGACACUUUAGAACAAUGACACAAGCAUGACGCAUUUGAAAACACAAUAUUGAAAAUACUAAAAAACAAAGUGUGUCGGAUUAAAGGCAUCAUAAUCAACUUUUAUAUUUUUUGUAAGUGCUGAAACAUCAUUUUGGAUUUGUUCCAUUUUGCCUGAUUUAAAACAAACUUUUCUUUUGGAAAAAAAAUGCUUUGUGAAACUUCAAUUUUCUGAAAUCAAAGAAAAUAAAAAUAAAAUAAUUUCCUAACCAA